AUGUCGUGGUGUACAAUCGAGUCGGAUCCAGGGAUUUUCACGGAGCUGAUGCAGCAGAUGCAAGUGAAGGGCGUGCAGGUGGAGGAGCUUUACAGCCUGGAUCUGGACGCCAUCAAGCAGCUCAGCCCUGUGUACGGGCUCAUAUUCCUCUUCAAGUGGCGCCCAGGCGAGCUGGACACGCGCCCCACAGUGCCGGACUCUGCUGCACCAGACGUGUUCUUUGCCAGUCAGGUGAUCAGUAACGCAUGUGCGACCCAGGCGAUCAUAUCAAUCCUCCUAAACGCAUCCAACCGCAUUGAAAUCGGCCCGGAACUCUCCACACUCCGUGAUUUCACCCGCGACUUCCCCCCCGAGCUGAAGGGCCUGGCGAUCAACAACAGUGAGGCGAUCCGUGCGGCCCACAACAGCUUCAGCCGCCCGGAAGCCAUAGUAGCUGCCGAGGAGGCCCGGGCGGCAGAAAAGGACGACGAUGUGUAUCAUUUUAUCAGCUAUGUGCCGAUUAACGGGGUGCUGUACGAACUGGACGGGCUCAAGCCCGGACCUAUCCGGCUCGGAGAGAUUCCAGGCUCGGGAAAAGGUUCGGGUGGUGGUCCGGGGGAAGAGGAAAAAACAUACCAGCGCAUUGACAAGUAUGCGGAGAGCGAGAUCCGAUUCAACCUCAUGGCUGUGGUGCGCAACCGCAAAGAGGCGCUGGAGGAGCGGCUGGGGGCGCUGAGGGCGAGGAAGGAGGGGUUGGUGGGGGAGAUUGAGAGGCGCGGUGGAGGGGGAGGGGGCAUGGAGGUGGAUGGGGGUGAAGGGGGGGAUGCGGGGGCGCUGGAGGGGGAGGUGGCGGAGAUUGAAAUGCAGAUGGCACACGUGCAAGACUUAAUAGCUGGUGAGGAGGAGAAGUACCGGCGAUGGCGGACGGAGAACAUUCGCAGGAAGCACAACUACAUCCCCUUCCUCUUCAACUUCCUCAAGAUUCUCGCCGAGAAGAAGCAGCUUCGACCAUUGAUCGAGCGAGCAAGACACUACGUUGCACCGACGCCACGUGUAGAUUCCUCAGCUCCCCAGCCGCAGCAGCACUCUCGCGGUCAGUACUCAGGGUUUGUUUUUCGCUACGUCGAAUCAGACCGUGAUCGGCCGCUUUUCAGUCCCCCGAUCAUAGACUCGAAGCCCUUUUGGCGGUCGAAAUCCAAUCAUUCGGGUAGCUUCAUUCUCGUCUGUCGCCAUUGGCACCGCCUCGCAUGUGCGACUCGAUCGCACGUCGCACUGUCGCAGAACCGUCGUCUGUGCACCGGACGUUUUUUGAAAGGUCUCCCUUCGUUCCCGUCGCUGAAAUCGCUCACCCUGCCAAAUGGUAGCCUCUCAUUGGCCAACGAUCAUUUUUUGACCCAGCUAGCUGCCACGUGUCCAUCCCUCACUCACUUCCAUCUGGGAGACAUGGGCGAGCCGCGAUUGCUUCCUAGUCUCAGAGGCAUCGCGACAAAAGGGCCUCUAUGCGAUCUCCGGCAUUCUAUCACUGCUGCCGGGCUGACCGCUCUUUUUUCCUCCUGCCCGCGGCUCGAGUCCCUGCAGCUGCACUGCCCGCCUAAUCUUCACCGCCUUCCUCCGUCAAUCUGCGAGUUACAUCACUUGACGGCACUAGUGAUGACUGGGUAUGGACUGAGGCGCCUUCCUGACGGAUUCUGUCAUCUCUCCGCUCUCGUCCGUCUAUCUAUUCGCUCGGAAUCCCUGUCGAAACUUCCAGCCUGCUUUUCAACGGGCACGGACGUUGACGUAGGCCGUUCUAACCAAUCAGACAAUACCAGCUAUUCUGACGACGAAUGGUCGUCAGAUGAGGACUUCAGUCACAGCGACUCGGGUCAGAAGAACAAAGCUUCGUCGAUUCUUCCAGUCACCUCCCUCACGCUCCCACACAACCCCCUCACUCCCCAGCCUCGUCCCUCCACUCUUUCCUCCCUCCGCCAUCUCUCCCUUUCCCGCCAUUACCUCCGUUCGCUCCCCGAAACCCUCCCCGCCGCCCUCCCCCUUCUCGAGUCUCUCGAGCUCCGCGAGUGCUUUGAUCUUUCCGCCAUUCCGCUGCGCCUCCCCGCGCGCCUCCCCCGCCUCCGCGCGCUCACUCUCGGCUAUCUCCCCCGCCUGCGCGCUUCCCUGCCCGCGAUCCUCGCCGCAGGUCCCCCUCCCGCCGCAGAAGCCGCAACUGUUCCCCCGUCGGGGGAGACCGCAGCCGCAACAGAAGCCGAUGGAAACCCAGGGGGAAUUCUGGAACGGGGCACGGAGGAGGCUUAUAGCGGGGCUGAUUGUAAGGAGUAUGCGGAGGGAUUAUGCAAGGGAUUAGAAUGCCUGGAGUUAUUCAGUCGGGGAAAAAUCAGCGAAAUUUCAGGGAGUACCCUCGCCGCAUUAUCUCCGUCCCUAAUCCACCUCACUCUAGCGGACUGCACCACUCUCUCCUCCCUCCCCGACGAGCUCUCUCUCAUGCUCAACCUCCGCUCCCUCACGCUCUCCGCCCUCCCACACCUCUCCUCACUCCCCUCCUCCCUCCACCUCCUCUCCCACUCUCUCCGUGACCUAAGCAUCAUUUCGUGCGACUCCUUGCAAGCCCUUCCCUGCUCCCUCACGCUUCUCUCCUCCCUUUCCUCCUUGCACCUCUCUGGCUGCGCCUCUCUCACCACUCUCCCUUCUCCUCCUCUUCCUUCACCACUCAAUGAAGCGACUGCAGGCAACCGCAGCUCUUCCCAGGAAGCAACAGCUCCUCACCUCGCCACCAGCGCCGCCAUCAGCACCAGAAGCAGCAGCAGCAGCAGGGGCAAAUCUCCCAUCCCGGUGUUCCUUCAGUCGCUCACGAGCCUGCGUGUGUGCCGCUGUAAGCGCCUAUCAGCCCUGCCCCAUGCCUGGCAAUGGCUGCCGUCGCUGCAGCAUCUGGAGAUGGACUAUAACGCUUGUAUGGAGGCACUCUUUGAAGGGGAUAACACUGUUCAUGUCGGCACGAUGCCUCCUUACCACACUGCAUCGGAGGCUGACGGUACUGCUGAUGUAACCGGCACGGCUGAUAUAACCGCCGCUGCCGAUGUAACCGGUACUGCUGGUGAUGCAGUGACUACGGAUAUGGCAGGCGAUACCAAUGCUGUGAGCAGUUCUGCUGGCGCCGACAGCCAAACACUGGUGCUAAGGGCACCCCUCGAUGGGAGCCCUAUAAGAGCAACUGUCGUGAAGGAAGGCGAGGAGGAGGAGGAAGUAGGAGAGGGGGAUGAUGGGGAGGAGGGAGAGGACGAAAAAGACAAGAGGGUUGAGAGGAACGAGAAGGGCAAGUGGGAAGCGGAGGAAGAUGAGAUGGAGGAGGGGAAUGAGGGGGAGGAGGGAGAGGAGGAGGAUGGGGGUGAGGGGUUGCCAGCAGCAAAGAAGCAGAGGAUCAAUCCAGGCAGGUCUGCGUUAAGACACUCCAUGGCCACCAUGCACUCAUUACAGUCAUUCUCCAUAACAGAAUGUGAAUCCCUCAGAUGCUUGCCUGCCACCAUCAGCCUUCUGCCCCGCCUGACCUCCCUCCAUCUCUCACUGCUUAAUAACCUCAGAGCUCUACCACCCUCUCUUCCCCUCCUAUCCGCCCUCACCUCACUCGACCUCUCCUCCUGCGAUCUCCUCCCUUCCCUACCUUCUGCGCUUGGGAAUCUCUCCAGUCUCCGUAUCCUGAAACUUUCGAACCUGCCCAGACUUGCUGACCUGCCAGAAUCUUUUGGGCAGCUGUCUCGACUAGAGCGAUUAACCCUGCAAUAUUGCGACCUCCUAAGCGAGCUACCCAGUUCUUUCCCUUAUCUUCGCUGCUUAUCGGAGCUGGUUAUCGAAGAAUGCGGAAAUUUCAAGCAGUUACCGACCAAUAUUGGGUUACUCUCGUCACUUGAAUGGUUACAGCUGACCACUCUGCCAAGAAUGACCGAAUUACCCAGGUCCUUGCGGCAUCUGCGAAGGCUUUGGCAGGUGGAAAUUAGGUGCUGCGGUUCAUUAAGAAUCAUUCCGGAGUUUCUCAAAGAGAAGCCCGAUCUGGGCCUGAUAGUUUCUGAGCGAAGGGUUAGAACACCCUAG